GAGGUGAAACAGUAAGGUAGCAAGAAAUUUCGACGAAGGAAAAAUGAAAUGAGAAAAGUCGAAGGGCAAAGCGGGAAAGGCGGGAGGAAAACGAUGAAACGCAAAAGGAUUAAAAGCGGAAGAGGAAGAAAAUGGCGGAUUUCUCAGAUUAGAUUAUUACUAAAUUUAUCUCUCGCCAUUGAAUAAGCUGUCCUUUUCCUCUCCACGCACACACCUUUUGUUUGAUAGUUUGUGUAGCUGAUAUAUAACGCUGACUUAGUCGCAGCGCUACAAAUACCCAAAAAUAAACUAAGCGGAGUGCUUAUCUCGUUCUUCCAGAAUCAUCUGCUCUCAAACACAAUCCCAACCCAGAAUUUCUUGAUCCACAAAAAGCUUACGGAAUCAGCUUUGUUGAGAAGAAAUGGCGGAUCAGUUGACGGACGAUCAGAUCUCUGAGUUCAAGGAGGCCUUCAGCCUCUUCGAUAAGGAUGGCGAUGGUUGCAUCACGACGAAGGAGCUGGGUACUGUGAUGAGAUCCCUAGGUCAGAACCCGACCGAGGCUGAGCUUCAGGAUAUGAUCAACGAGGUCGAUGCUGACGGGAAUGGGACCAUCGACUUCCCGGAGUUCUUGAACCUCAUGGCUAGGAAGAUGAAGGACACCGACUCUGAGGAGGAGCUUAAAGAGGCGUUCCGUGUGUUCGACAAGGACCAGAACGGCUUCAUCUCUGCUGCUGAGCUGCGCCACGUGAUGACGAAUCUGGGCGAGAAGCUGACCGACGAGGAGGUAGAUGAGAUGAUCAGGGAGGCGGACGUCGACGGCGACGGCCAAAUCAACUACGAAGAGUUUGUUAAGGUUAUGAUGGCCAAGUAAUCCCCCCCUAUCUGCAAUAAAAUCUAGAAAUAUAUAAAAUUGUCAAGAGUAUAUCUUCUGAAGAAGAUGAAUCAUGUGUUGGUUGGUUGGAUAGUGUAAUGCGAUUAGUUGGUUUAACAUUACUGCAUUUGUGGUUUAGAAAGAUUUUGAAUGGUGUUGUAAUGGUGAUGGAUUAUUCACUAUUCCCUUUCUUGUGA